CCCUGCAGAUUAAUCCACUAAUUUAAUUGCUGAUGUAACACUGGACGAAAUCCUUGCUUUACUGAAAGCUACCCCCCACCAAUUCAGGCCGCGGCAUAUAUGGUUUGCCAUACCCAUUGUGGGCUCGGCUUUUUUCUCAUACGACCAUCAAAACAAUUGCAGUUCAGGUUUAUAACGACUCUAUACGUAGUGCUUUCCUUUCCUCCUGGCUGGAAACCAUACUCGUUCUCCUCCCCAAGGCAGGUGACACGACCUCCUUCCACAACUAACAAUGGAUCUCUUUGAUAAAAUGUGACGCCAAGUUGCUCACCAAAAUGCUUACUUUCCAUUUAUGCUAUGGUAUUGGCCCACUUAGUAUACCUUUUCAAACUGGAUUUAUGGCGGAGCAUUUGAUCGCAGACAAUGGCUUGCUAACACGACUCGCUAUGUCGCAUACCCAACUAACCAAUGCCUUUUGUGUUGACCCUUCUUUUGGAUCAGGAGAAGGCUUAUGACCGUGUCUACCCUGGCUACCUUUGUCUGGUCAUGGCCAGGACCAGAUUUCCCACCAUGCUCGUCGACUCUGUAUGCAGUAUUUUUUUUUCUCUGCUCAUAUUUACAUAAAUGUGGAUGGCCAUAUAUCCUCUUCUUUUUUACUGGGCCAGGGACUACGUCAGGGUGAUCCCCUUUCUCCAUUACUUGUUAACUCGGCCUUCAAACCUUUGCUUAGAUCCAUUCUUGCUUCUCUAUUAAUCCGUAAUUUCCAGUUUCUGAUUCCGCCCUCUCUCUCAUCGUCCUGUCCCGAUCUCUCACUAUCUCUACUCAGAUUUCUCGCCUAUUCCGAUGUACUUCUUGUCUUUCUCUCUUUGCCCGCCGAUAAUAAUACUUUACUAAACCCUUUGCAUACAUUUGGCUAGGCUUUUCAUUGGGCUCAUAUAUCUCCCAGAUUGAAGCUUUCGGUGCUGCUUUACUGGUCCAGCUUGGGAACCGUUGCACGCUACUAUCUCAAAGAUGCUUGUCCGUACGUGGUAAAAGUAUUGUGACGAACUCACUUUUUUUCAGCUCGGUAUUUCGUGUACUAUAUGCGACUCCUGCCCUACUAUCUUUCUUUGGUGCCAUUCGCACCAAUAUUUGCUCGGUGCUGCGCCUGGUUUUUGGUAGCUCUGGUUGGCCGUUUCUAUGUCUGCCACGCAAAUAUGGGGGUUUAGAUCU